AUGCUGGCAGUGGCUGCGUAUCAACGCACCAAAAUCAUCGGCCAGGGCAAGUUCGGAACGGUCUACAAGGGCUACAAUAAAAAAACACGCCAGGCGGUGGCCAUAAAGGUGCUAGAACUAGAUACCAAAGACGACGAGGUGAUAGAUGUGCAGCGCGAGAUUCAAUUUCUUGCCGCCCUUAAAAAUACACCCAACGUUACCCACUACCAUGGCUCCUUCUUGAACGAUACAAAGCUCUGGAUAAUCAUGGACUUCUGCGCGGGAGGGUCGCUCCGAACGCUCUUGAAGCCGGGCGUCUUUGAAGAGAGGCAUAUAGCUGUAAUUGUGCGUGAGGUGCUCCUAGCUCUCCUGGCCGUGCACAAGUUGGGCGUCAUCCAUCGGGACCUCAAAGCCGCCAAUAUCCUUGUCACAAAGGAUGGCCUGGUGCAGCUCUGUGACUUUGGAGUGGCCGCCCAGUUGACGGCAAACUCGCUAAAACGAACGACCAUUGCCGGCACCCCUUUCUGGAUGGCUCCCGAAGUCAUCCGUGAAGGUGCACAAUACAAUGCAAAGGCCGACAUCUGGUCUCUUGGUAUCACAAUCUACGAGUUGGCCACGGGUAAUCCGCCCUAUUGCGACAAGGGUGCCACUUGGGCCAUGACCAUGAUCGAAAAGCUGACGCCGCCGCGUCUAGAAGGCCGUGAGUACCCUGCCGCUUUGAAGGAAUGUAUUGCCCUAUGUCUAGAUGAAAACUCCGAUGAAAGACCUUCUGCUGAUGACCUACAAAAGUGCAAACUCAUAAAGCAGUAUAAGAACUUGCCGACAGGUACUUUGAAAGAGCUAGUCUCGAGAUAUUUAUUGUGGCGAGAUAGAACUAGGCGCGAGUCUGUAUUCUAUACGGUCGAAGAUGAAAGUGAAACUUCAAACGAUGACAUAAAGGUCCAAUGGGACUUUGACUCUCUCAGCUCCAAGGAGUACAUCAUAGAAAAUGAUAUUCAUCUCGACAAUGAUGAGGGUGAUGUUCAUGAUGGAUCAUGGCGUGACGAAAAUACUGACACAGUCAAUGACCGUACACUUCACCUCGAUCGCUCGUACGCCAGAAUGCACGACACAAUCGGUGAGUCUCGGAUUCAUCUGGCAACAAAUUCUGCUACCAGGCAGAGGACUUACGACGAUAAUCUGUACGGAACGAAGUCAAGCACUGUACCAAAGUCUUUGAUAUCCCUUUUUGAAGAAGAGGGCUCCAAGGACGACUUGACCCAGCCUUCAGCGCUAGGAAGUCUUCAGAUGCCGUCAAUCACUCUCCCGGAGCUGCUUCCAGUUGCUUCUCCAACCAUUGAAAUCCCCGACAUGGAAAGACUAGCAAAACUAGGUGUCGCGCUGGGCGGGUCUUCUCAAUCGUCGUACAACACUUCCAGAACCCAGCAAUCGUCAAACACUGAUAUUUUCCCUAAACUCAAUAAGCCUCCAACAUUAGUGCAUGCGCACUCUGCUGGGCCCGCUUCAGACUCUCGGAUAAGCUCCCCCAACGGAAGAACUCGUAAGAAGACAAUAUCGACAACCCUUAAUGCCUCAACUCCUAAUAUCAGCCACCAUACGAUUGACCUGCUGGGGCCACAAACACCACCCUAUUCUUCAGAUCCACAUUUGGUGGGCGAAACGCCGUCACCGCUGCUUACCAGAAAUGGUAUUGCAUCUGCUGCGUCUUCAGGAGAUGGAUUUUCUACGAGCAGUCCUUCCAAAUCAAUGCGCGCACUUCAUCAUGCCAAUAAUCCAAUGCUUCAACCAAUAAAUUUCAAGCUAGGCGGAGACAAUGACUCUCAAGGUGUCAAUACAGUCAGCUCCAAACAGCUGACUGUUGUAUCGUCAACUAUCCUGGCAGUACCCAACGCAUCUAGUUCGAGUACGGUAGCUUCUGCAACAACGUGGGCAAAAACGGCGCCUGCAAUCACGGAAAAACGUGACAAACCACCUCUCCGGAUCCAAAUGCCUGUUCCAGCAACGCUGUUCAAUCUACUUUCUGCUUUGACUAAUGAAGAACUAGAUUCUAAGAGACUGAACGACAAUGUCAACCAAUUUGGCAUGAACCCGGCCUCUUUGGGAAAUAUUGCAUCGAUGACGCCGGUGACAGAGAAAGACAGUCAGCUUGGUGACGAAACAAAGGAAACCGCAGCGCUCCCUCGCCAUGUCCAGAAAAAGCCACCUCUGUUAUUACUGAGCACCAAAUCCGCUCCAGUUGUACAUACUCUCGGUGGUGUAGUCCCUCAGACCUCUACAAGCGCCCUUCCCACCCCAAUUUCCAAUGGGAACCAAGGCAGGGCGUUUCCAACACAAUGGGCACAGGCUGCUCAGAAGGCUAUCAAGUUCCCGGUCAUUCCAGCAUUUAAUGCAGAGUUGUUGCUGGAUCAGACAUCAAAGACUAAGGUACUCCUGGAGAUUGAUCAAUUGGUGAAACUCAUAAGUCAGGGGCUCGAUGCGAUUGAAAGCAAUUUGUAA